CGAUGCACCGGGGCAGGCGCGUGCGGGCGGCGGAGCCCGGCUCCCCGGGGCUCAGCACCGCGCAGCUCCGCAGCCUGCUGCAGGACGAGCCGCAGCUGGAGCGCAUCGUGCGGCUGAGCGGGAGCAGGAAGGGCUUGACGAAUCCCUAGGGCCCAUGCUUGCAGCGAGUGGAAUGUCUCCCUGUUUCAGAGCUUGCAGCUGGAGCGGGAAAUGUGCCUGGCUUCGAACUAUGCCCUGGCCAAGGAAAACCUGUCCCUGCAGCCACGGCUGGAGAACGGCAAAGCCUCACUGGCCAUAAAGUACCAGGAGCUGCAGGAGACAAGGGCGGCGUGUCAGGAAAAGCAGCAGCGAGUGGAGACCUGCCUGAGGAAGUGGAGCCCGCAGAGCAUCCUGAGCCAACUCCAAGCCGCUCUGGAUGCAGCCGAGGCAGAGUCGGAGGUGCAGGUGGAGAGGUUCCUGGGCCGGGAGCUGCCCCUGGAUGCCUUCCUGGAAUUCUUUCAGCAGAGCCGGAUGCUGUCCCACCUCCGCAGGACACAAGUGGAGAAACUGGAGCAACUCCUGCGGAAGGAGAAGCAGUCCAGGUGGCUCCCCACGUGCUGCGAGGGGCAGCGAGCCACCCCGCUGAGCCCAGCCCAAGCCCAAGUUGCCCUGGUGCAAAACGCAGCCUCUCCCAAGAUGUUCCAGCUCCACUGUGGCUACACGCCUGCCCUGCUGGUCCCCUCUGAUGCCAUCAUACCGUUCCCUGUGCCCGUUGCCCCUCCCAGCCGAAAUCUACCUCCCCUGGCCUCUCGCUCAGGCCAGUCUCCAACAUCUCACUCCAGCAUCCCAUGCCUGGGCUCCCCUCUGCGUCUGAUUGGACACAUCCCCCUGCUUAGCCCGCGGCCUUUCCGCGUGCAGCAUGCGCACCCGUCUUACCCACAGAAGCAGGAGCCGCCCCACCGGUAGCUAUUGGGGCAAUGAGAUGUCCUCAGACCCGAGUCCUUGACACGCCAGCCGACCAGCACACAUGAGCUUCCUGUGCUAGAGAAUGAAUGUGAACCGAACACAGCCCCCGCCAGCUGGGCGGCUCGAAGGCAUUGUUCGCUCCCACCCCAGGUUCUCAGGAAGCCUCCAGGGUGCGCCGCUGUCUGUGGCGGUGACGUAAUGACCUGCUCCCCGAUGCAGCUAGCAGUGGGGUCUGUGUGGCUGCCACGUGGCCAGAGGCAGCCUGGCAGUAGUUAAUUAUAAUAGGGGUUUCCCAAGAAGCCGGGUGCCGAGUUCUGGCAGGUGUUGCAUGGGGGCGUCUGAUUCUGCAGCAGCAGUGAGAGCAGCAGGCUAGGCGGAGUUGAGGCUGGGGCGAGGGGGGGUUGUCAGAUGGCAGUGUCAGUGGGAGCUCAGCAGGCGGGGGGGGGGGUACACAGCAUGAGGAGGUGGGGGGGGGGGUUGCUGGCAGAUUACGGGCACAGGGGGCAGGAUCCCAGCUGCCAUGCAUGGGUUGGAGGUGAAUGCGGAUGAGAGGAAGAUAUGGUGACAAGGAGGAGGGUCCGUGGGGCACAGAGGGGAAUGCAGACCCGGGCCAGGGGCUAUGAGGGUACGGUGAGCAGGAUAAGAACAGGGCCAUGUGGGCUGCAGAGGACUCACAGAAGGAGGGCUCCUGUUGUCUCCCUCCCCUCCUGGCUCUGCCAGCCUGUGGGACACAGUCUGUGUGUGUGCACGCACGUGCGUGAGGUGUGAUAGCCAGGGGCAGGGCCAAAGAGGACAGGGCAGGGCCCCUGGUGCCACGCUGUACGGCACUAGGGCCUCCCAGGCAGCUAUGUGGCAGUUUGUCAGGCUGCCCUGGGGAGCAUGGGGCACAAAGAUCAUUUUCCAAAUAAAGUCGCUUUCCAGUC